AUGUCUGCAAUUCUUAAACAGAGAGUGAGGUUCGCUCCAUAUUUGAAGAAGCUUAGAACGCCUGAGCAGUGUGUUCCAUUCUUCAAGAAUGGUCAAUAUUUGGGAUGGUCCGGUUUCACUGGUGUUGGCUCACCUAAGGCUGUUCCAACCGCACUUGCCAAUUAUGUUGAAAAGAACCACUUGCAAGGGAAACUCGCUUUUAACUUAUUCGUUGGUGCUUCCGCUGGCCCCGAAGAGUCCAGAUGGGCUGACUUGAACAUGUUGGCAAGACGUGCACCACAUCAGGUUGGUAAGCCAAUUAGAAAAGCAAUCAAUGAAGGCCGAACUCUGUUCUUAGAUAAGCACCUUUCCAUGUUCCCUCAGGAUUUAACCUACGGAUUUUACACAAGAAACAAGAAGGAUAACGAUCUUUUGGAUUACAUGCUGAUCGAAGCUACUGCCAUUACAGAGGAUGGUGCAAUCGUUCCAGGUCCAGCAGUCGGUGGUUCUCCGGAAAUGCUUUCUGUUGCUGACAAGAUUAUUAUUGAAGUGAACACCUCUAUUCCAUCUUUCGAAGGUAUUCACGACAUUGAUAUGCCAAUAAAUCCUCCAAACAGACCACCUAUUCCAUACACAAGGGUUGAUCAACGUAGUGGUUUGACAUCCAUCCCAAUCGAUCCAGAGAAGGUGGUCGCAAUCGUUGAAUCUACGAUUCCGGAUAAGGUUCCAGCACCUGCCAAGCCAGAUGCUAAGUCUAAGAAGAUCGCCGAGCACUUGAUUGAGUUCUUUGAACAGGAAGUGAAGGCUGGCAGAAUGCCAGAGAAUUUGCAUCCCCUUCAAUCUGGUAUUGGUAAUGUUGGUAAUGCCAUUAUUGAUGGUCUUGCCAGCUCCAGCUUCAAGCACAUGAACGUCUGGACUGAGGUUAUGCAGGAUUCUUUCUUGCAAUACUUCGAGAAGGGAAAGAUCGACUUUGCCACAGCAACAUCCGUUAGAUUAUCUCCAGAGGGUUUCAAGAAGUUCUUCGGAAACUGGGACUUGUUCAGCAAAAAGGUUUGCUUGCGUUCCCAGGUCGUUUCGAAUUCUCCAGAGGUGAUUAGAAGAUUGGGUGUUAUUGCCAUGAACACACCAGUUGAAUUCGAUAUUUAUGGUCACGCAAACUCCACAAAUGUUGGUGGAUCUAAAAUGUUGAAUGGUUUGGGAGGAUCUGGUGAUUUCUUGAGAAACGCCAAGUAUUCGAUCAUGCACACUCCAUCGGCAAGACCAUCCAAGACUGAUCCAACGGGUAUUUCUUGUGUUGUUCCAUUCUGCUCACACGUUGAUCAAACUGAGCAUGAUGUCGAUGUUUAUGUGACUGAGCAAGGUCUAGCUGAUUUGAGAGGACUGGCACCAAAGGAGAGAGCACGCGAGAUUAUAAAGCAAUGUGCCCACCCAGAUUAUCGUGCACAACUUGACGAUUACCUGGACAGAGCUAUUUUCUACUGCACGAAGAGAAAGUCAUUGCACGAACCCCACAUCUUGAGUAAUGCUUUGAAGAUGCACAUAAAUCUUGAGAAGAAUGGUACCAUGAAGCUCAAGUCCUGGGAUGACCAAAUAUAA